UAAUUUUUUUUAUAUAGUCUGGAGGUUUCCCUUCUCCAAGUGUUCAGACUUGAGUGUUCUACAUGCCGGUUUUGUUGGGUUUUAGAUCGAUUUUCAUCUGAGAAGGCAAGUUCUUUAGAGGCGGAUUUGCUGCUCGUGUGGGACUUUUAUUUUGUUGGUUAUUGUUAAAGUUUUCACUUUUUUAUGCCCCGGAUUGGUUUCCUUGGGGCAAUCGCGUUUACACGCCUCGGGCGGGUUUCGAUGCCAUUGAUGCGCAACUCCGUUCGAUGUUUGCAUUUGCUCCCCUAGGAUUGCGCUUUCGAUUGGUACAAGUAUUUUCUUUCCCGGAUUGAAACAUUUUCGAGUUGCUUGUUGAUUUUACAUGGGAGACGUGUUUGCCUCAUGGUUAUUGGUUAUUUGGUUUUAGAAAAGUCACAAUCCUUUUCACUACCUCUUUUUUUUGGAAAGAAGAGAAGUCGCGAUCUCAUAAUUGAGUCUUUUUUGGAUAAGAGGUUGUUCUUCGUUUGUGCAUUUGUGUUUUACUCAAGGAUUCCCGCAAGAAUUGCUCACUGUUUGAUGUGUCGUCCCAUGAAAAGUCACUAACUUGACAAUGAUAGAUCUGUACGCCGUCUGGCGAGUGGUCAAUCGCAGACUAAACGAACUGUUGUUCAGAUGUCCUGCUUGAUCCGGUCAGCCUAUGAAUUAGCCUAUGAUAUUGCAGUUUCUCAUGGUUGAGACUCCUCAUGGUUCAACGCAUGUAUUUGUCAAAAACCGAUUCUUGAGAAGCCCUGUUUGUGACUGCCUGAUUCUCCAACAAGCUCUGCGAAGUCUAGGAUCCAUUUCUCUGUACUUGGCAAGCUCUGGGCCCUUUUAGAUUACCCGUCUGAUACACAAGUUGCUGCAAGAAUUCGACUGCAAAUGGACCAAGGAACUGCAGCGGCGAUUCCUGGUUUAAGCACUUCUGUUGGUGUUUCGGGUGACAGAUUCCUUUUCUCCUCAAAGUUCAACAUGUGGUUUCUAUGCUUCCAGACUUCCAAAGUUGGAAUCUGAUCUCUUGUGACAGUGCUUCUUGGCUUCCUUAUUUUCCGUUAUGGAGGAGCAGAACUCAUGGCUUAGGAGGACCAAGUUCUCACACACUAUCUACACAAGAGUGGAUCCUCGAAGGGUACCUAUUGCUCCUCCGGUUGGCAAGGAUGUGGUGGUACCUUUCGCUCCGCUUAGCAAGGAUGUUGAGCGGAAAUUGCAGAAAUUUGUGAGUAUGGGGAAGUCCAUGUCGAUGCCUGUUGAUCGGGAUGCCGAAGAUACAGGGACUGCACUCAAGCACUGUGCUAGCUUGCCUCUGGUCCGAUCCUCGCUUCAGCUUGAUAGGGACAAGGCCAAUAAACCGAAGAAGGCGAGUUUGGAGAUUCCUUCCAGCCCUCCAAUGAACUCAGAGAAUUGCAGGGGCCUGAGAGCAAGGAGCCUGGUCAAGAGCCCAAGUUCGAUGAUGCUCCUCAGCUACUUGAACAAAGCUCCCUCGAACCAAGGCUCUAGUCCGCAAAAGGCUUAUGGACCUCAGCACAAACAGAGAUCGAAGUCCCCCCUUCCUUGUACUGCACCUUCUGAAGUGUUCAGGGAAGCAAAGUCUAGCAGCCAGAGGUUUGCGAGCCCCCCUCCACAGCGAAGAGGAUCUGAAAAGAGUAUAUAUGGAAAAUCAUUUGCUAGGCAGGUGUCUUAUAUGGGUCAGAGUCCUGAUUUGUGCUCAACUCCAAUGGUAUCUGGUAAGCACAAGUCUCAAAAGGAUAAUUCUUGGGCAAGGAAAUACAGCGGUGGAAGGAGGGUUAGUGCAGUUAACCCUGCUAUUGAUCGGAGGGCCCAGAUGGUUAGAAUGAAUCAGGCGGUGCAAACGACAGUCGAUUGGACACUUGAUCCCUCCAAGCUGCUCGUUGGGCACAGGUUUGCUAGCGGGGCAUAUAGUCGGCUGUACAGGGGGUUGUAUGACGAUAAACCAGUUGCAAUUAAAUUUAUCCGACAACCUGAUGAUGACGACAAUGGGAAGAUGGCUGCUAAACUUGAGAAGCAGUAUAACAGUGAGAUAAAUUCACUAUCUCACCUUUACCACAAGAAUGUGAUCAAGCUUGUGGUGGCCUAUAAAUGCCCACCAGUUUUUUAUAUUAUUACCGAGUUCCUUCCGGGAGGCUCCUUAAGGUCAUACCUGAAUAGCACAGAGAACCACCCCAUCCCUGUGGAGAAGAUCAUAUCCAUUGCUCUUGAUGUUGCCUGUGGUUUGGAGUACAUACACUCUCAAGGGAUUGUUCACCGCGACAUUAAGCCUGAGAACAUUCUCUUUGACGAGAACUUUUGUGUGAAGAUUGCUGAUUUUGGUAUCGCCUGUGAGGAGACUUUCUGUGAUGUUCUAGUGGAGGAUGAGGGCACUUACAGGUGGAUGGCUCCUGAGAUGAUCAAGCAAAAGGCAUACAACCGAAAGGUUGAUGUCUACAGCUUUGGGUUGCUCCUGUGGGAAAUGGUGUCUGGAAGAAUUCCUUACGAGAACCUGACCCCUUUCCAGGUGGCUUAUGCUGUCGCCAAUAGGAACUUGAGGCCAACAAUUCCUCCAGAAUGCCCAUCAGCUCUCAGAUCCCUGAUUGAGCAGUGCUGCGCGUUGCAGCCUGACAAGAGGCCUGAUUUCUGGCAGAUUGUGAAAGUCUUGGAACAGUUCCGUUCCAUUCUCUCGCAGGGUGGCUGCCUUGACAUAGCGAAGAGUGGCACCUGCCAGGAUCCCAAGAAGCGUCUCCUGCACUGGAUUCAGAAACUGAAACCAGCGCAGAGCAGCUGAGUACUCAAGCACUUGUAGCAUCUUUGCAGCCAUAGUUUUAUCUGGUUGGGUAUGCUCAGUAGCUUAGCAUAAACCCUUAGUACCUUUUUGCGCUUGGGAAAGAAGGAUCCUUGAUUCAAGGAACCUGGGUUCUAGGAUGCUUGCAGGUGUUUAUCCCUGCGAGUAUAGAUUCUACAGUAGCUGUAUAUGGUUGUGCCUUGCGCACUCUGUCUCGCCUCUUGUUAAAUUUACCUGCAAGUUAUGGUGAUGAUACUAUAGCAUCUUGUCUGAAAAGAGUGUCAUUUUUAGUCUUUAUGAUCGGAUGCUCACUAACUGAGGUGAAGAUAGCGAAAGGAAGGCAUAUGCAGAGUUGACUCUGAGGCUGUCUUUUGGGAAA